CUUUGUAAGCCGUUGGGUCAGAUCCAGCCUCCUGAACUGUCUCAGAGCGGAGACAUCAUUCUGGGUGGCAUCUUCACCUUUCGAACAGCGUAUAGAGGCAGUGUUCCUACAUUCACCACCAAACCCACUGCUCCUACAUGCAUGAACCUCAAUGAGCGAGAAUUCAAAUUUGCUCAGACAAUGAUUUUUGCGAUUCAUGAAAUUAACAAGAAUCCUGGUCUUCUCCCACGUCACACCAUAGGCUACAAGAUCUAUAACGCCUGUGGUAUGUCCAAUAUUGUUAUGUCAGCUAUAGUUCUGGCCAAUGGUCAGAAGGAGCAGCUGGAUGGGACCUGCUCAGGGCCUGGUUCUGCUACGGCUGUCCUGGGACACUCUGGCUCUGCACCCACUAUGGCAUUUGCUCGUGUAAUAGGAAGGUUUCAAGUCCCAGUGGUCAGCCACUUUGCGACCUGUGCUUGUCUGAGUGACAGAGAAGAGUUCCCAUCCUUCUUCAGGACGAUUCCCAGUGACGAGCAUCAGAGUCGGGCACUGGCUAAACUGGUCAAGCACUUUGGCUGGAUGUGGGUCGGAGCCAUAAGCAACCUUAAUGCUUAUGGUGUCAACGGCAUUAAUGCAUUUAUACAGGCUGCAGUGGAAGAGGGAGUGUGCAUUGAGUACUAUGAAGCAUUUGAGCAGUCUGGGCCAGCUAGUGCAUUGGACAAAGUGGUGGAAACUGUUAAGCGCUCCACCUCAAAAGUCAUUGUGGCUUUCAUGUCUCACAGGGAGGUCACGGUCCUGGCUGCAGAGUUGUAUAAAAAUAACAUUACGAGUCUACAGUGGGUUGGAAGUGAUGCUUGGAUCUCAGAUUCCUCUCUCAGUGACAGUGAAGGCAGCAGCAUUCUGGUUGGUUCUUUAGGAUUUGUUGUGAGCAAAGCAAAUAUCCCUGGUUUGGAGGACCACCUCAGACAACUCCACCCCUCACAAUUUCCUAAUAGUCAAUUUAUCAGAGAAUUCUGGGAAUAUAUAUUUGAAUGUUCUCUGGCUAAUUCAACAAAUACAGAGAUGAAAGCAUGCACCGGGAUAGAGAGCCUGCAAAAUGUGGACACGUAUUUCACUGAUGUUUCUGACCUAAGAUUUGUGAAUAAUGUGUACAAGUCUGUGUAUGCAGUGGCACACGCACUCCAUGCCUUGAUUAGUGAAAGAAGGAACUCAAGUUCCAACAAUAAUCAACCCAUAGAACCUUGGCAGGUGCUCCAAUAUUUACAAAAGGUGAAUUUCAUGACAAGUCAAGGGGAGAGGGUGACCUUUGAUGAGAAUGGCAAUAUAUUUGCACAAUAUGAACUUAUUAAUAUCCAAAGUAUGGCAUCAAGCAUCAUGCACACCACCACAGUGGGCUUCUAUGAUCCCACUCUGCCCCAUGACCAUCAAGUCCAAAUGACCAGCACUCACGUGGUUUGGGGAGGAGGCAGACAGACGGUGCCAGUGUCUGUGUGCAGUGACAGCUGUCCCCCAGGACAAAGAAAAGUUAUUUACAAAACCAAACCAGUGUGCUGCUUUGACUGCAUCCCAUGUGGAGAAGCAGAAAUCAGUAAUGCAACAGACUCUCUGGAUUGCUUUACAUGUCCCUCUGAAUAUUGGCCUAAUGCAAAUCAGGACAGAUGUGUGUUGAAAGACACUGAAUUCUUGUCAUUUUCUGAAAUCAUGGGAAUAGUUUUGACAUGUUUCUGUUUUAUUGGAACUUUUUUGACACUUUUGAUUUUUGCAGUCUUCCUUCGGUACAGACAUUCUCCAAUAGUGAGAGCCAAUAACUCUGAGCUGAGCUUCCUGUUGCUCUUCUCUCUGAGCCUGUGUUUCCUGUGCUCUCUCACCUUCAUCGGCCGUCCCUCUGAGUGGUCCUGCAUGCUGCGCCACACUGCGUUCAGCAUCACCUUUGUCCUCUGUAUCUCUUGUGUUCUGGGGAAGACUAUAGUGGUGCUGAUGGCCUUCAGAGCCACACUUCCAGGAAGUAAUGUCAUGAAAUGGUUUGGACCUGUUCAGCAGAGACUCAGUGUUUUUGGAGCUACUUUUAUCCAGGUCCUUAUCUGUAUUCUGUGGUUAACCAUUGACCCUCCUUUUCCAAAUAGGAACAUGCUGUAUUUUAAAGAUAUAAUUAUUUUAGAGUGUAACUUAGGGUCACAUGUUGGUUUCUGCGCAGCUCUUGGAUACAUAGGUCUGUUAGCUUUGUUGUGUUUUGUGUUGGCAUUCUUUGCUCGUAAACUUCCUGAUAACUUUAAUGAGGCCAAGUUCAUCACCUUCAGCAUGUUGAUCUUCUGUGCAGUCUGGAUCACUUUUAUCCCAGCUUAUGUCAGCUCUCCUGGAAAGUUUACUGUCGCUGUGGAGAUAUUUGCUAUUCUGUCCUCUAGUUACGGUCUUCUGUUAUGUAUAUUUGUACCAAAGGUUUUUAUAAUUUUAUUUCAGUCUGAAAAAAACACCAAAAGGCACAUCAUGGGAAAGACUCAAAAGGACAUUCACUAUUAA